AUGGAAGCUACCCCGCUGUGGGAACAAGGACAACGUAGGUCUAGGGCUGGGGGCCAGGCGGAAGCGAUACGCGCUGCAGGUGUUCAUCCUCUGUUUGACGCAGGGAGCAAAUGGGCCAAACGAGAUCUGACCUUCAAAAUUUCGGAAUACCCCAGAGGUAUGUCACGUGACAGAGUGGAGAAAGAAGUUCACAACGCCCUCAAGGUGUGGGGGGACGUGACGCCCUUGAACUUCAUCCUCCGCCCCUAUGACGACAGAGUGGACAUUGACGUCAGGUUUGCACGCCGUAACCAUGGAGACGGGAACCCUUUCGAUGGGCGUGGCCAGACGUUGGCCCACGCGUUUUUCCCCCAGUACGGGGGAGACGCCCACUUUGAUGACGACGAAAACUGGACGAUUAACCUAUCCUCAGGCAUCAACAUGUUCCAGGUCGCGGCUCAUGAGUUCGGUCACUCCCUGGGACUCUCCCACAGUGAUGUAGGCACGGCCUUGAUGGCUCCCUUUUACCGAGGCUACCAGAGACACUUCAAGCUGGACCAGGAUGACGUCAACGCUAUACAGGAACUGUAUGGUUCGCCAGGCAAAAGAGAUCGUGGGUACCCCCGCAAGCCCGCCCCACCCCCUCCCACCAGAGGUCCAGUGCUCAGUGUGCCCAAGAUCUGCCUGGACUCCAAAGUGGACGCAGUCACCAUGAGCUCAGAUGGUUAUACCUACAUAUUUAAAGGCAAAGACUACUACAAGUUGAGCAACUACGGUAUAGCCUCGGGCUACCCACGGGACAUCGCAGCUGACUGGAGAGGGGUCACCGGGCCUGUAGACAGCGCUCUGCACUGGGACAACGGCUACACUUACAUCUUCAAGGGAGACUACUAUUGGAAGUUUUACAACUUCAACCUGAUCUACGUGAGGAGCAUCGAGGAAGGCUUCAAGGGUAUCCCUAGCAACGUGGACGCCGCCUUUGUGUGGGGAGGAAAUGGAAAAACUUACUUCGUCAAAGGUAACCAGUACUGGCGGUACACAGUGAAUCACGUAGACCCAGGCUACCCCAAGCCCAUGUCAGUAUGGACGGGUCUCCCCGAACGGGUGGACGCGGCCCUCAAGUGGAAGAACGGCAGAACCUACUUCUUUAGCGGGGACAUGUACUACAGAUACAACGACGUGGAUUUUGAU